AUGACUAAAGUCAAAAGAACUCCUACUCGAAGAAUGACUGUACCUGGUGGUGAAAAUGUUGAUAGAAAACCCCUCACCGUUUUCAAUCGUUCAUCUACAUUUCCUUACUCUCGCCCUCAAUCCAAUAACAAUCAGAAUAAAACAAAUGUUACAAGCAAUAAUGAUCAUCAUUGCUCUAAAUGCACAAAAAGCGGCGAUGAUGAUGUUAAUUGCUUAAGUGCUAGAAUAAAUCGACUAGAAAAAUUAAUCCGAGAUCUUAAUAUAGCCGUUAGUCCUAGUCCUAAGUCUAAUAAUUCUUCUAAUUCGGCUCCUUCUGCUAAUUCUUCACUUAUUUGCUAUAAUACUAUUGAUUUUUCAAAGAUGGAAACCAAUGAAUUGGUCUCGUUUUCUACACAAUUGGGAACUCUAUUAUUUGGUAAUCGCAAUUCUAAUAAUCAUAAAUCAAACGUUAUGAGCAUUAGUAAUAUCCUUGCUCAUUAA